AUGUCCAUUUUUGCUAAAGAAGAUAUUCUAAAAGAUUACGACCUAAUAGCGAGACAAAUUUUCGCCGAAUUCCUCGGUACUUUCCUUUAUUUAUCUAUAUCUUUAUUGGCUGAAACUAAUCUUGGAAAAAGUGUCGUCGGUACAUCAUUGGCUAAUGGACUCUUAGUGGCAUCUGUCAUCCAAAUUAUCGGUCAUAUAUCUGGAGGUCACAUCAACCCAGCUGUGACGAUUGGCGUUUUAACUUGUGGUCAUAUUACGGCAAUAAAAGCGAUCCUCUAUAUAAUUGCACAAAUUUUUGGAAGUAUGCUUGGAUCUGCUGUUGCUUAUAGUAUAACUGAUGUUAAUUUGAGAAAUGGUCUUGGAGCUACCGUACCUUAUUUUAAUAUGAGAGCUGACCAAGUUUUUGGAUUAGAAUUUAUUAUGACGUUCAUAUUAGUUGCUGUGGUCUUAAGUGUUAUGGACAGUAGGAGUGCUAUUGGCUUAGGAUCGGGGCCACUUGCGAUUGGACUAAGCGUGACUGCUUGUCAAAGCUCUGCAGUUAUGUAUAGUGGAUCACUAAAUCCUGUACGAUCUUUUGGACCAGCCGUCGUAAUGAAUAUUUGGACCUAUCAUUGGGUGUACUGGGUUGGUCCCAUUUUUGGUGGAAUAGCCGCAGGCUUAAUCUAUAGAUUCAUAUUUACUACACGUGAAAGAAACAUAAUUGAUUAAUGUGAGCUGCAUGGAACCAACAGUUAUAGUUUUGUGCCGAAAAUUGUU